GGAACAUCUGGCACCGGAUUCCUGAUCCACCGGAAUCUCCUCUUGACUUCUCAUGUUAAUAUUCCUUCCGUUGCUGCUGCUGAGAGUUCGGAGAUCCGGCUCCAAAAUGGCGUUGCCGCUAGCCUCGUCCCUCACAGGGGCUGAAAUUAGGAUUGAGUCUAAAAAUCACAAGCUUUGCUUGGAACUACCCAAAAAAUACUGCCCACUUCCAUUGCCACAGUUACUAAACUGUGUCAUGCUACUGCUAACAUCACCUAAUUAGCUUAGUUAUGAUCUUUUUAAUGAUGACUACAUACACAUUGAAUAUGACUUGUGAUUAUAAUCUGUGUUCCAUUUCUUUAUAUAUUGAAGGCAAAUAUGUUUAGAUUUUAUGGUUUAUUGGUGGACAUUUAACUAUCAAACUGAUUUCAUAAAUGAAGAAUUUAAAAUUUUUCUUAGCUGAAUUGUUGACUUCAUUUGGAUCCCUGUGUGAAGAAUCUAUUAGCAAUAAUGACUAUUUGAAACAAAUUGGGCUCCCAGUGGAAUCCUUAUCACCAAAUAUCACUGAUGUGGGAGAUUCAGAAAUCUUGUUUUGUUAUAACGGUUUGCUAUUUCUAUUGAGGAAAAUGUGGCUUUUAGUUUUUUUUUUUUUUUAGUCUUUUUUGCUAAUGGUAAUUGGUUCUCGGGGGAUCACCUUCAUCCUUUCUGACAACAAUAUAAGUAUGGAUUUCAAUGUAUAUUGACUUGUGAUCGAGAAAUGGCUUAGAUGCCAACUCCAAAUUUAAUAGAAGUUCUUUUCCUUUUAUGGGCCAAUUCUUUCAGCACUCAUCCUGGCUAUAUGCAUAACAGGCUUUGUUUCUUAAGACCUUGUGCUAUGGAGGCCUGAAGGAAGUCGUUAUGUCUCUUUAUGUCUGCUCCAAGUUGGAAAGUUUUGAAUGUGAAAUGUACUAUUGAACAUGACUGGGAGUUCUUGAUGAUGUUCUAAUUUUAUCAGUCUUUUGCCUUGUGGUAGUGGUUAGCUGGGAGUUCUUGAUGAUGUUCUAAUUUGAUCAAAGAGUCUAUUGGCUAGUGGUUGUGGUUAGCUGGGCCUGUGUGGUGGCCUGGUGGGUGCUCUGCAGCAUCUUGUAUAAUGACAUGUUUAGUUGUCUAUGAACAAUUAUGAUGUUUACAUUAGCUGGUUUGUUUGGUCUCCUUGUAGUUUUACUUUGGGAUGAUUGUUGAUUCAUAUCGUGCCUUGCUUUACAUAGUUAUGUUAGUUUAUACUUCUUAUUGUAACUAAUGCUGCCACUAUGCCUGUAGAGUGACAUUGUACUUGAAAGGAAAGAGGUGGUGACUUUAUUCCAAAUAGCCUCAUGGUUCUAGGCAUUCUUCAAUGAAUUUUCUCAUGUCUACUAUUUAAUUUCAGGUUUUUCAUCACCAGUUCUGUUUUGGACCUUACAAUAGUGGGUUUAGAUGACAUGGAUGGAGACCCCAAUGCCCAAGGACAACAUCACUACUUGAAGACAUGUUCAAAACCAAAUCUGGAUCUCGGCAGUGUUGUUUACUUUUUGGGCUACACGGAGAAGGAAGAACUGACAGUUGGUGAGGGAAAGGUGGUAAUUGCCACUGACAAUCUCAUAAAACUGUCAACCGAUGGAAUAACAUGGAGCCCUGGGUCUGCUGGAUUUGAUGUACAAGGAAAUCUUGCUUUCAUGAUCUGUGAUCCUAUGAAAUUAGCCACAUCUCCAAAUACCAAAUCUUCUUCAACUUCAUCCUCAUCCUCAACAUCCUUGAAGAAGGAUUCUCCUAUGCAAUUUGGUAUUCCUAUUCCCAUCAUCUGUGAUUGGUUAAACCAGCAUUGGGAAGGCAGCCUUGAUGAACUUACCAAACCCAAAUUACCAAUCAUUAGAUUGAUGUCCACAGGCCAGAAGAGUGAGCAUUCUUGUGCUUCCUUCACACUCCGACAGGUUUUCAAGUCAACUGAUGUGGAUAAUGACGGAACCCCUUCGUCAUCAAAUACAAUCUCCAAACCUGGCGACCAACAUGGACCAGGUUGUUCAGGUGUGGCAAACAUUGCAAAAGAAGGAACGCAAACCACUGAACCUCAUGCAGUCCACGUUCAGGGAAUCUCGACUCCAGAAAUUUAUGAGUCACGAAAGCUGACUGCAGCUCCCAUUAGGAAAACGGAAAGUGCCCAAGUUCAGCUUUUGGAUAUAAAUUUCCCCCCAAGGAUCACCAAAGCUGCCUUUCAACCACCACCAUGCAAUCAACUGCGCCCUAACUCUGAUGAGAAUUGUGUUAAGGAACUUCCUGUGCAGAGCCCAUCAGGUGGAGAUCAAAUCACGGAUGGAGGAAUUGAAAGUCCUGAAGCAGAUGCUGAGAUUGCAUCUACUGGUUCUGUAAAUGGAGCCCAAAGUGAGGUCCAGUCUAGUUCCUCACCGGUGGUGGUUUCAGGAAUGCAUAAUGGAUAUGGCAGCGAGGAAGAGACCAUGUACUCUGCCGAAACUGCUGAGAGCCGAAACUAUCCGAGUCCUAUAGAGGGAAGAUUUCAGCACGUGGGAAGGAGCCAAAGUUGUGCGAGUCACAAUAGAUGGAAGAAUGCUUCCCAUAGGAACCCAGUGGCCCCUAGGUCAAUGCUAGAACAGCAGAGAAGCUCUAUCCAUGGGAAGAAGAUGCAUUCACAAGGCGCAACAUCUCAAAGGAGUAAUGACUACUUCAGUCCAACUGUGUCUUCAAUAAUGAAGAAGAGAAACAACUUGGAACAGCCUACCAAACCAAAGCAAAGUGCAGUUCACUCUUCUCCAAGAUGGAUGUUCUGAUUAUUAUAGAUUAAUGUGAUACCAAGAGGGAUCAACAGAAAUCCAAUGUUUUUGUCUUGUUUGGAUCAGGUCCAUUCAAUUGCAUAUAGUGUAACUAAUUUAUUGAUACCAUGUGGAGACCAAUCUAAGAUAAAUAAGAAAAUUCAAUAAGGUUAGUUUUGUCUUCCUCA